UCGAUUAAUAUUCUCUUCUCCCAUUUACAAGAAUCUCAGUCUGCCUUUGGAUCUCUUGCGAGAUGGAGUGUUUCUCUUCUUCGUGCCCUGAUCUCAGUGUGGGAGCAGUGAAUACUUACUUAUCACUUCUCUUCAGUUAUCUAAGCAUUUCGCAAUGCUCUCUUUCGCCACCGGAAAUGUGGCCAAGGGAUUAUGGCGAAGUCGUGAUAAGGAAAGGAUUUGAGGUGUAUGACUUCAUAAUUGUGGGCGCAGGUUCUGCUGGCUCGGUUGUUGCAAAUCGCUUGACCGAAAAUCCUGAUUGGAAGGUGUUGCUUUUGGAAGCUGGAGACGAUCCACCAAUAGAGUCCGCCGUUCCACAACUUGUCAUUGGGAUGUUGCAAACGAAAUACGACUGGAAUUACAGAGUUGAAAAAUCAGACAAAUAUAGUUUGUACUUCCCAAAGGGCGGUUACUGGCCCAGGGGAAAAAUGCUCGGAGGAUCAAGUUCAAUCAACGGAAUGAUGUACGUCAGAGGAAACAAGCGUGACUACGACAACUGGGAGAGCCUUGGAAAUCCAACCUGGGAAUGGGACAAUGUUCUGCAGUAUUUCAAGAAGUCAGAAGAUAAUCAAGAUCCUGAAAUUGCAAACGAGGAUGGAGGAUAUUAUCAUUCAACUACGGGCCCAAUGUCAGUGGAAUUAAGUAGUUCUAAUGAGACAAUCAAUGAAAUUAUCCUUGCAGCUGCUCGUGAGUUGGGUUUCAAAUUUGUCCUCGAUACCAACGGACACGAGCAGAUAGGAUUCACUAUGAGUCAGUCCACGAUCAGGGCAGGAGUGAGAGAGAGCACAGCUAAAGCAUUUCUAGUUCCCGUUAAGGAUAGACCUAAUCUUCACGUCGUGAAGAAUGCUUUUGUUCUCAAUCUAGAAAUCGACAACGCUGGUGUUGUGACCGGCGUUAGCGUGGCGUUAAAAGGACAAAUCCUAAAGGCUUUCGCGAAAAAAGAGGUAAUCGUGAGCGCAGGGGCUAUCAACACGCCACAGAUACUGAUGUUGUCCGGAAUAGGUCCCGCUGGUCAUUUGCAAGACAUGGGAAUACCGGUGAUUCGGGAUUUAUCAGUGGGUCGAAACCUACAAGAUCAUCCAACUAUAAUGAUUUACGUGAAGCUGCAGUCAAAAGAAGCCGCACCAUCGCAACUUGAAGUGUUGCUGAGUUUCUACCAGUACUUAAUCAGUCACAUGGGUGCUCUUGCAAGUAUUGAACUUAUGCAAGGUCAUGUUAGUGUUAAUGAUCCACUCGAUAUAUAUCCUGACACAUUCUUCCAUCAUAAUUUCGUGAAAAAAGGUCAAAGUAACGGCAUAAUGACGAUAUACAAACUUGUGGGAUAUGCUGAUGAAGUGGUACGAACUGUUGCAAAUGCACUUGAAAGCUCAGAUGUUCUUAUUGUAUCUAUUGUCGGUCUCAGGCCAAAGUCUAAAGGAGAAAUUUUGUUAAAAAGCGCUGAACCUAGAGAGAAACCACGCAUAAUUCCCAAUUACAUAUCAGAUCCUUCUGACGUUGAGACUCUUAUCAAGGGUAUUCGACUUUAUCUGAGAUUCCUUAAAACGGAAUCUUUCUUAAACCACGAAGCUGAAUUACUUACUAUUCCCAUUGCGGAAUGUGAUGCCAUGGAAUUUAACAGCGACGAAUACUGGGCAUGUUACUGUCGAUAUCUUGUCUUAACCAAUUAUCACCCAGUGGGAACUGCAAAAAUGGGUCCUGUCUCAGAUCCUGAAAGUGUUGUGGACUCAAAGUUAAAAGUGAAAGGCACGAAAGGCUUGAGGGUUAUUGAUGCUAGUAUUAUGCCCGUCAUUCCGAGUGGAAAUACCAAUGCCCCGACUAUCAUGAUUGCAGAGAAAGGAGCAGAUUUCAUUAAGGAGGCUCAUGGAUUCGUAGCCAUAUAGUUAUCAAGCAAUA